GUGACUAACGUCGUGAAGUGCGUCAACACGAGAACCAAGCGAGGGGAUACGGCAUGAUCCAGUACAAGACGCAUGCGCCGGGACGACUGUCCGUGGAGGAUCAGAUGUCCGAAGCGUUGUCCGCAUCGGAACUGCUGGGAACGCGGCAGCGCAAAGGGUUCAUGAAGCUGUUCCGCAAGUACUGCUCCAGCAAGAAGAGUCCCAUUGACUGGAAAGUCGUCCAUCCCCCUCCGCCAGGCAUGGUGAUCAACAGCAACAGCGUCGAAGCUUGCCCGAACGAUGCUGGACUCAAGCACGAAUUGCUCGACAAGCUCGUCAUUUUGAAGCUCAACGGGGGUCUCGGAACGACCAUGGGGUGUCAAGGUCCCAAGAGCGCCAUCGAAGUGCGCCAAGACUUGUCGUUUCUGGAUCUGACCGUCCGCCAAGUGGAGUACCUCAACAGUCUGUACGGCGUGGACGUGCCGCUGGUGCUCAUGAACUCGUUCAACACCCACGAAGAAACCGUGCGCAUCAUUCGCAAGUAUCGCAUGCACAAUUUGAGCAUUCACACGUUCAACCAAAGCUGCUACCCGUUCGUGGUCAAGGAGUCGGCAGUGCCGUUGCCGAAUGCCAAGUACGACAAGCUGACGCGGGAGAAAUGGUACCCGCCAGGUCACGGCGAUGUCUACAAUGCCUUGUUUGAAUCUGGCUUGCUGGAAAACCUCAUCAACCAAGGGAAGGAGUACAUUUUCAUCUCCAACGUCGACAACUUGGGGGCGACGGUCAACUUGGACAUAUUAUACCACAUGAUCAACGUCGACUCGGAGUUUAUGAUGGAAGUGACCGACAAGACUCGGGCCGACGUGCAGGGGGGCACGCUGGUCACGUACAGAGACAAGCCCCACUUGCUAGAGGUGAACCAGGUGCCCCAAGAACACUUGGAGGACUUCAGGGCCUUGAACAAGUUUACCAUGUUCAACACCAACAACCUGUGGGUCAACUUGCGAGCGAUCCAGCGUCUCGUGGCUCAAGACUUGAUUGACAUCCACCCGAUCGUCAGCUAUCGGUCCGUCAAAAAUGCCAAGGUCGUGCAACUGGAAACAGCUGCGGGGGGUGCUAUUCAGUUUUUCAAAAACUUUGUCGGCAUCAAAGUGACCCGGCUUCGGUUUCUGCCUGUCAAGUCGUCCUCCGACUUGUUCCUCGUUCAGUCCAACUUGUACCAAAUCAAACAUGGCAGUUUACUCAUGAACCCAGACCGCGGCGUGACGACCAUUCCCAUCGUCAAGCUGGGGCGCGAAUUUCAAACGGCGCAGCAGUACUCCGAACGCUUUGAAAAGGGCAUUCCCAACAUCUUGGAACUCGACCACUUGACUGUGGCGGGCGACGUCAAAUUUGGCAGCGGCAUUACGCUCAAGGGAACGGUGAUCCUCGUCGCGAACGAAGGCGCCAAGAUCGAACUUCCGGACGGCACGAUCCUCGAAGACAAGGUCGUGACAGGCGACUUGCGCAUUUUGGACCAUUAACGAUAUUGUCGAUUUGAUAUACAAAUUUGGGGUGCAAUCGAAUAAUCGCGCCGACCAAACCGAUCCA